AUGGAGCCAUGCCGACAAUUCCUCGGUGGCCUUCUGCGCCAGCACCGUUGCCGCUGUGUCCUCGUCUGUGGUCGACGAGACAUCAUUCGCCGCGGCGCUGCUUUGGGCAAAGGAGCGGCUGUAACGCAGCGGGUCGCCACUGCCCCUGCAAGAUUGGCUAUAGACCUCUUGCCGCAGCGCGCAUGGCAGGCUGCGUCGCUUGCAGGGAUGCUGCUGCGCCAGCCGCUGCAGCUUCUCAAGCGCACCGCACACCUCCCCCAGCUCGCGCUUCUUACGCGUCAGCUCCUCCUGCAGUGCGGGCUCACGGGACAGCUGCAUGGACGCCAACUGCUUCUGCAUGGCGCCAAUCGUCUCUAG